AUGACUGAGCCCAUGGACUAUAUGUGGCCAACGGUAGCUGAUGAACCGUUUUCCGAUCAUCAGUCCACGAUCUGCAGCACAUGGGGAAAUUUCCACUUCAAGACUUUUGAUGGUUAUUUCUUUCAAUGGCCAGACACAUGUAACUACGUUCUGGCGAGGAUGUGUAGCAGUAUUUCUGAUUUUAACAUCCAAAUGCAAAGAAAGAUUGUAAAUGAUUCAAACAUUUUCAGCACAGUCACAAUAAAUUUGGAGGGAACAUUCAUCAAACUUAGUAAUGAUGAAAUCACCAUGGACGGCCAAGUGGUGUCCAACGCAACCUAUAAGUAUGGAAUUACAAUCGAGCUAAGCGCAUCAAGUGUAAAGAUCUCUAACAAACAUGGAUUGACAGUCGUUUGGGAGGAAGAUCACUCUGUAUUGAUUGAACUUCCCUUUAAGUACCAAGGCCAGACCUGUGGGCUGUGUGGAAACUUCAAUGGUGACAACACUGACGAUUUAAGUGUAGAUGGUCCAUACACAUGGAGGGUGUCUACACCAGCUGAAUCCUGUGAGAAAAUUAAACUUCAACCCAAUGAUCAGUGUGAAAAGCAGACAAGCAUUUGCCAGCAGUUUCUCAGAAGUUCGGGGUUUGAUGAUUGUCACCAUGUGUUGGACAUGAAUUCAUUUGAAAAGGCCUGUGUAAACGACCUGUGUCAAUGUUACGGCAACCAUGACUGUCUCUGCAACACACUCACAGAGAUUUCACGACAGUGCACACAUGCAGGUGGCAGACCGGGAACAUGGAGGACACAGCACCUCUGUCCGAAGAAAUGCCCACUAAACAUGGAAUACUUGGAAUGUGGCAGACCAUGCAAGAACACCUGCACUGACCCAGAAGGAAGCAUGUUGUGUAAAGAACACUGCGUGGAUGGCUGUUUCUGCCCUGAGGGCUUUGUGGAAGAUGACAUCGGUUACAGCGGUUGUAUAUCUGUGAAUGACUGCCCAUGUGUGCACAAUGGCAUAAUAUACCAGUCAGGACAGUCAUACACACAAGCGUGUAAAACAUGUGUGUGUGUUGCUGGAUAUUGGAGUUGCACAGAUCUGGAAUGUCCUGGAAUCUGCUCUGUUGUUGGAGGGUCUCACAUCACCACUUAUGAUGGAAAAAGCUUCACCUUUAGUGGCAACUGUGAUUACAUCCUCACUAAGCACUCCAAUGGUAGUGAUAUUGCUGUUCUGGGAAAUCUGGCAAAGUGUGAUCAGACCCCAACAGACACAUGUUUAAAGUCUGUUACCCUUGUCUUCUCAGGGAACACUAUUUGUAUUUCCUCCAGUGGGACUGUGAUAAUGAGUGACAACCCACUUAGGCUUCCUUACCUCAAAGAUGGUGUGGUCAUCUUCCAGCCCUCUUCCUCCUUUAUCAUUGCUGAUUUGAAAAGUCUUCGUCUAGAGAUCCAGUUGGCUCCAGUCAUGCAGUUGUAUGUUGUAGCCAGCCCUGAAGAGAAAGGGAAACUGAAUGGUCUGUGUGGGAACUAUAACGAUGUCCAAAAAGAUGACUUUAAAACCGAAUCAGAUAUUAUAGAAGGGACACCAACAACAUUUGUCAACUUUUGGAAACACCAGUACAGUUGUCCAGAUCUUGAAAACACAUUUAUUUUAGAAAGCCCCUGUAGCAUGAGUAUGGAAGCAGCUAAACUAGCUAAAGAAUGGUGCUCCCGUCUCACAAACCCGGAUGGAACCUUUGCCUCAUGUCAUUCAGAAAUAUGUCCUGAGAUUUACUAUGAAAGAUGCGUCUAUGACACCUGUAAGUGUGCAGAUAUUAAGAAGUGUAUGUGUGCGGCCUUGUCCACAUAUGCCCAUGCCUGUGCUUCCAGAGGAGUCAUUCUCCAGGGAUGGAUGGAUUCACACCCUUGUGACACGAUUCCUAAAUGUUCAAACAACAUGAAGUACUCCUACAGCGUGACCAGCUGUGGCAACACAUGUAGUUCUCUCAGUUGGCAGGACUACACUUGCGAAGUGUCCUACACACCUUUAGAUGGCUGUGUCUGUCCUGAGGGCUCCUACCUCAACGAAGGCAGCUGUGUGCAUGCUCAGCAGUGUCCUUGUUACUAUGACAGCCAGGUUAUAGAGCCAUCAAAGACAAUCAACAUAAAUGGUGCAAAAUGCACCUGCAAUCAUGGGAAAUUAAACUGUCCUAAACAGGAAGAUUGUUUGGCUCCAAUGGUCUUCUUCAACUGCUCAAAUUAUGAAGGAGGCCAAAAGGGAACAGAGUGCCAAAGGACAUGUCAGAACCAAGACCCAAAUAAUUGUGUGAGCACAGGGUGUGUAUCAGGGUGUAUGUGCCCACGUUACCUUCUGGCUGAUGGUACAGGGUGUGUGAAGAAGCAUAAAUGUCCCUGUGUCCUUAAUGGAGUGACCUAUUCACCUGGGAAGCAGGUUAGACAGGACUGUAAUACCUGCACCUGCAAAGAUGGCAUGUGGAUUUGUACAGAAAAGAUAUGCUACGGCACGUGUACCAUCUAUGGUGAAGGUCAUUUCAAGACAUUUGACGGAAAGAGAUAUUCUUUCCACAAAGACUGUGAAUACAUCUUAGCCCAUGAUAACUGCAAUAUGGACCACAGUCCCUCUUUACGCCUCGUCACAGAGAACAUCCCCUGUGGCACCACAAACUCCAUUUGCUCCAAGUCCAUCAGUCUCUCUUUUGGGAGAUACAAGGUGAUUUUAUCUCAAGAGAAGGGUGUCAAAGUUGUUGAGAGCAAUGGUACUGUUUACCCAUAUUAUAUCCAUUCUGCUGGGAUCUACAUUGUCAUAGAGGUCAGAGAUCUUUUAAACUUAAUCUGGGACAAUAAAACAAGUCUGAUGCUCCAACUCCAUCCCAGUUUAAAGGGCAAGGUGUGUGGACUGUGUGGAAACUUUGAUGGUAAUGCAAAUAAUGAUUUUAUGAAGCAUGAUGGAGAAGGGGUGACAUAUGCAGAGAUAUUUGGGAACAGCUGGAAGGUGAAUCCCAGCUGCCCAGAUGUGACAGAUCUGAUGGACCCUUGUAAAAAAAAUCCACAUCGGCAUGCCUGGGCUGAAAAACAAUGCAGCAUCAUCAAAAGUGAUGUCUUUACAGAUUGUCUUUUAAUUGUGGACUCUGUCCCGUACUAUGAUGCCUGUGUAUGGGACACCUGUGCAUGUGACACAGGGGGUGACUGUGAUUGUUUCUGUACUGCAGUUGCAGCCUAUGCUGCUGAAUGUCGUAAAAAGGGAGUUUGUGUGGCAUGGCGGAGCCCAAACAUUUGCCCUUUAUUCUGUGACUACUACAACCAUCUUGGAGAAUGUAAGUGGCAUUACAAACCCUGUGGAUCUUGUAUGAAAACUUGCAGAAACCCCUCAGGAACCUGCCCUGAUCAAAUUCCUCCACUUGAAGGAUGCUUUCCUGAGUGCCCUUUAGAAACAUUUCUGAAGGAAGAAACCAUGGAGUGUGUUACAGAAGAAGAGUGUACAAACACUACAACCACUACUACUAUCACAACUACAACAACAACAACACAAUCUACAAAUAGUACAACCACUGGGACAACAACACCAACAUCAACAGAAACAUCUGCGACCACAUCAACUACUACUACAACAACUACUUUAACAUCAACACCUACAUCAACAGCAACGCCAUCUACAACUAGCACAACCACUGGGAAAACCAUACUCACAUCAGGGACUUCUACGACCACAUCCACUACUACAACUACUGUAACAUCAACACCUACAUCAACAGCAACACCAUCUACAACUAGUACAACAACUAAGACAACAACACCAACAUCAGGGACAUCUUCAACCACGUCCACUACUACUACAACAACUGAAACAUCAACACCUACAUCAAAAACAACACCAUCUACAACUAGUAAAACAAUUGAGACAACAACACCAACAUCAGUGACAUCUUCAAACACGUCCACUACUACUACAACAACAACUGUAACAUCAACAUUAAUACAUACUUCAACAGCAACACCAUCUACAACUAGUACAACAACUGAGACAACAACACCAACAUCAGGGACAUCUUCAACCACAUCCACUGCUACUACAACAACUGUAACAUCAACACCUACAUCAAAAGCAACACCAUCUAAAACUAGUACAACAACUGAGACAACAACACCAACAUCAGUGACAUCUUCAUCCACGUCCACUACUACUACAACAAAUGUAACAUCAACACCUACAUCAACAGCAACACCAUCUACAACUAGUACAACAACUGAGACAACAACACCAACAUCAGAGACAUCUUCAACCACGUCCACUACUACUACAACAACUGUAACAUCAACACCUACAUCAACAGCAACACCAUCUACAACUAGUAGAACAACAGAGACAACAACACCAACAUCAGGCACAUCUUCAUCCACGUCCACUACCACUAUUACAACUGUAACAUCAACACCGACAUCAACAGCAACACCAUCUACAACUAGUAGAACAACUGAGACAACAACACCAACAUCAGGCACAUCUUCAUCCAGGUCCACUACUACUACAACAACUGUAACAUCAACACCUACAUCAAUAGCAACACCAUCUACAAUUAGUACAACAACUGAGACAACAACACCAACAUCAGGGACAUCUUCAACCACGUCCACUACCACUAUUACAACUGUAACAUCAACACCUACAUCAACAACAACACCAUCUACAACUAGUACAACAACAGAGACAACAACACCAACAUCAGGGACAUCUUCUACCACGUCCACUACUACUACAACAACUGUAACAUCAACAACUACAUCAACAGCAACACCAUCUACAACUAGUAGAACAACUGAGACAACAACACCAACAUCAGGCACAUCUUCAUCCACGUCCACUACUACUACAAAUGUAACAUCAACACCUACAUCAAUAGCAACACCAUCUACAAUUAGUACAACAACUGAGACAACAACACCAACAUCAGGGACAUCUUCAACCAGGUCCACUACUAAUACAACAACUGUAACAUCAACAACUACAUCAACAGCAACACCAUCUACAACUAGUACAACAACUGAGACAACAACACCAACAUCAGGGACAUCUUCAACCACGUCCACUACUACUAUUACAUCUGUAACAUCAACACCUACAUCAACAGCAACACCAUCUUCAACUAGUAAAACAACUGAGACAACAACACCAACAUCAGGGACAUCUUCAAUCAUGUCCACUACUACUACAACAACUGUAACAUCAACACCUACAUCAACAGCAACACCAUCUAAAACAAGUACAACAACUGAGACAACAACACCAACAACAAGGACAUCUUCAACCACGUCCAUUACCACUAUUACAACUGUAACAUCAACACCUACAUCAACAGCAACACCAUCUACAACUAGUACAAAAACUGAGACAACAACACCAACAUCAGGAACAUCUCCAGCCACAUCCACUACUACUACAACAACUGUAAUAUCAACACCUACAUCAACAGCAACACCAUCUACAACUAGUACAACAACAGAGACAACAAAACCAAUAUCAGCGACAUCAUCAUCCACGUCCACUACUACAAUAACAACUGUAACAUCAACACCUACAUCAACAGCAACACCAUCUACAACUAGUACAACAACUGAGACAACAACACCAACAUCAGGAACAUCUUCAACCAUGUCCAAUACUACUUCAACAACUGUAACAUCAACACUAACAUCAACAGCAACACCAUCUACAACUAGUACAACAACUGAGACAACACCAACAUCAGGGACAUCUUCAACCACAUCCACUACUACUACAACAACUGUAACAUCAACACCUACAUCAACAGCAACACCAUCUUCAACUAGUAGAACAACUGAGACAACAACACCAAUAUCAGGGACAUCUUCAACCACGUCCACUACUACUACAACAACUGUAACAUCAACACCAACACCAUCUACAACUAGUAAAACAACUGAGACAACAACACUAACAUCAGGGACAUCUUCAACCACGUCCACUACUACAACAACAACUGUAACAUCAACACCUACAUCAACAGCAACACCAUCUACAACUAGUACAGCAACUGAGACAACAACAACAACAUCAGGGACAUAUUCAACCACGUCCAAUACUACUUCAACAACUGUAAUAUCAACACCUACAUCAACAGCAACACCAUCUACAACUAGUACAACAACUGAGACAACACCAACAUCAGGGACAUCUUCAACAACAUCCACUACUACUACAAAAACUGUAACAUCAACACCUACAUCAACAGCAACACCAUCUUCAACUAGUACAACAACUGAGACAACAACACCAACAUCAGGGACAUCUUCAACCACGUCCACUACUACUACAACAACUGUAACAUCAACACCUACAUCAACAGCAACACCAUCUACAACUAGUACAACAACUGAGACAACAACACCAACAUCAGGCACAUCUUCGUCCUUGUCAACCACUACUACAAAUGUAACAUCAACACCUACAUCAAUAGCAACACCAUCUACAAUUAGUACAACAACUGAGACAACAACACCAACAUCAGGGACAUCUUCAUCCACGUCCACUACUACUACAACAAAUGCAACAUCAACACCUACAUCAACAGCAACACCAUCUACAACUAGUAUCACAACUGAGACAACAACACCAACAUCAGGCACAUCUUCGUCCUUGUCAAUCACUACUACAAAUGUAACAUCAACACCUACAUCAAUAGCAACACCAUCUACAAUUAGUACAACAACUGAGACAACAACACCAACAUCAGGGACAUCUUCAACCAGGUCCACUACUACUACAACAACAACUGUAACAUCAACACUUACAUCAACAGCAACACCAUCUACAACUAGUAAAACAACUGAGACAACAACACUAACAUCAGGGAAAUCUUCAACCACGUCCACUACUACUACAACAACUGUAACAUCAACACUUACAUCAACAGCAACACCAUCUUCAACUAGUACAACAACUGAGACAACAACACCAACAUCAGGGACAUCUUCAACCACGUCCACUACUACUACAACAACUGUAACAUCAACACUUACAUCAACAGCAACACCAUCUACAACUAGUAAAACAACUGAGACAACAACACCAACAUCAGGGACAUCUUCUACCACGUCCACUACUACUACAACAACUGUAACAUCAACAGCAACACCAUCUACAACUAGUAAAACAACUGAAACAACAACACCAACUUCAGUGACAUCUUCAACCACAUCCACUGCUACUACAACAACUGUAAUAUCAACACCUACAUCAGCAGCAACACCAUCUACAACUAGUACAACAACAGAGACAACAACACCAAUAUCAGCGACAUCAUCAUCCAUGUCCAAUACUACUUCAACAACUGUAACAUCAACACCUACAUCAACAGCAACACCAUCUACAACUAGUACAACAACUGAGACAACACCAACAUCAGGGACAUCUUCAAUCACAUCCACUACAGCUACAACAACAGUAACAUCAACACCUACAUCAACAGCAACACCAUCUUCAACUAGUACAACAAUUGAGACAACAACACCAACAUCAGGGACAUCUUCAACCACGUCCACUAAUACUACAACAACUGUACCAUCAACACCUACAUCAACAGCAACACCAUCUACAACUAGUACAACAACUGAGACAACAACACCAACAUCAGGGACAUCUUCAACCACGUCCACUACAACUACAACAACUGUAACAUCAACACUUACGUCAACAGCAAAACCAUCUACAACUAGUACAACAACUGAAACAACAACACCAACAUCAGGGACAUCAUCAAACACGUCCACUGCUACUACAACAACUGUACCAUCAACAACUACAUCAACAGCAACACCAUCUACAACUAGUACAACAACUGAGACAACAACACCAACAUCAGGGACAUCUUCAACCACGUCCACUACUACUACAACAACUGUAACAUCAACACUUACAUCAACAGCAACACCAUCUACAACUAGUACAACAACUGAGACAACAACACCAACAUCAGGGACAUCUUCAACCACGUCCACUACUACUACAACAACUGUAACAUCAACACCUACAUCAACAGCAACACCAUCUUCAACUCGUACAAAAACUGAGACAACAACACCAACAUCAGGGACAUCUUCAACCACAUCCACUACUACUAUUACAACGGUAACAUCAACACCUACAUCAACAGCAACACCAUCUUCAACUAGUACAACAACUGAGACAACAACACCAACAUCAGGGACAUCUUCAACCACGUCCACUACUACUACAACAACUGUAACAUCAACACCUACAUCAAUAGCAACACCAUCUACAAUUAAUACAACAACUGAGACAACAACACCAACAUCAGGGACAUCUUCAACCAGGUCCACUAAUACUACUACAACAACUUUAUCAUCAACACCUACAUCAACAGCAACACCAUCUUCAACUAGUACAAAAACUGAGACAACAACACCAACAUCAGGGACAUCUUCAUCCACGUCCACUACUAUUACAACUGUAACAUCAACAGCAACACCAUCUUCAACUAGUAGAACAACUGAGACAACAACACCAACAUCAGGCACAUCUUCAUCCAUGUCCACUACUACUACUACAACAACUGUUACAUCAACACCUACAUCAACAGCAACACCAUCUACUAGUACAACAAAUGAGGCAACAACACCAACAUCAGGGACAUCUUCAACCACGUCCACUACUACUACAACAACUGAAACAUCAACACCUACAUCAACAGCAACACCAUCUACAACUAGUACAACAACUGAGACAACAACACCAACGUCAUUGACAUCUUCAACCACAUCCACUACUACUACAACUGUAACAUCAACACCUACAUCAACAGCAACACCAUCUACAACACGUACAACAACUGAGACAACAACACCAACAUCUGUGACAUCUUCAACCACGUCCACUACUACUACAACAACUGAAUCAUCAACACCUACAUCAACAGCAACACCAUCUACAACUAGUACAACAACUGAGACAACAACAACAUCAUUGACAUCUUCAACCACAUCCACUACUACUACAACAACUGUAACAUCAACACCUACAUCAACAGCAACACCAUCUACAACUAGUACAACAACUGAGACAACACCAACAUCAGGGACAUCUUCAACAACAUCCACUAUUACUACAACAACUGUAACAUCAACACCUACAUCAACAGCAACACCAUCUACAGCAAGUACAACAACUGAGACAACAACACCAACAUCAGGGACAUCUUCAACCACAUCCACUACUACUACAACAACUGAAACAUCAACACUUUCAUCAACAGCAACACCAUCUACAACAAGUACAACAACUGAGAGAACAACACCAACAUCAGGGACAUCUUCAACCACGUCCACUACUACUACAACAACUGCAACAUCAACAUAUACUUCAACAGCAACACCAUCUUCAACUAGUACAACAACUGAGACAACAACACCAACAUCAGGGACAUAUUCAACCACGUCCACUACAACUACAACAACAACUGUAACAUCACCAUCAACACUUACAUCAACAGCAACACCAUCUACAACUAGUACAACAACUGAGACAACAACACCAACAUCAGGGACAUCUUCAACCACGUCCACUACUACUACAACAACUGUAACAUCAACAUCUACAUCAACAGCAACACCAUCUUCAACUAGUAGAACAACUGAGACAACAACACCAACAUCAGGCACAUCUUCAUCCACGUCCACUACUACUAUAACUGUAACAUCAACACCUACAUCAACACCAACAGCAACACGAUAUACAACUAGUAGAACAACUGAGACAACAACACCAACAUCAGGGACAUCUUCAUCCACGUCCACUACUACUACAAAUGUAACAUCAACACCUACAUCAACAGCAACACCAUCUACAACAAUUACAACAACUGAGACAAAAGCACCAACAUCAGGGACAUCUUCAUCCACGUCCACUACUACUACAACUGUAACAUCAACACCUACAUCAACAGCAACACCAUCUACAACUAGUACAACAACUGAGACAACACCAACAUCAGGGACAUCUUCAAUCACAUCCACUACAGCUACAACAACAGUAACAUCAACACCUACAUCAACAGCAACACCAUCCUCAACUAGUACAACAAUUGAGACAACAACACCAACAUCAGGGACAUCUUCAACCACGUCCACUACUACUACAACAACUGUACCAUCAACACCUACAUCAACAGCAACACCAUCUACAACUAGUACAACAACUGAGACAACAACACCAACAUCAGGGACAUCUUCAACCACAUCCACUACAACUACAACAACUGUAACAUCAACACUUACGUCAACAGCAAAACCAUCUACAACUAGUACAACAACUGAAACAACAACACCAACAUCAGGGACAUCAUCAAACACGUCCACUGCUACUACAACAACUGUACCAUCAACACCUACAUCAACAGCAACACCAUCUACAACUAGUACAACAACUGAGACAACAACACCAACAUCAGGGACAUCUUCAACCACGUCCACUACUACUACAACAACUGUAACAUCAACACCAACACCAUCUACAACUAGUAGAACAACUGAGACAACAACACUAACAUCAGGGACAUCUUCAACCACGUCCACUACUACAACAACAACUGUAACAUCAACACCUACAUCAACAGCAACACCAUCUACAACUAGUACAGCAACUGAGACAACAACACCAACAUCAGGGACAUCUUCAACCACGUCCACUACUACUACAACAACUGUAACAUCAACACCUACAUCAACAGCAACACCAUCUACAACUAGUACAACAACUGAGACAACAACACCAACAUCAGGGACAUCUUCAACCACGUCCACUACUACUACAACAAAUGUAACAUCAACACCUACAUCAAUAGCAACACCAUCCACAAUUAGUACAACAACUGAGACAACAACAGCAACAUCAGGGACAUCUUCAACCAGGUCCACUAAUACUACUACAACAACUUUAACAUCAACACCUACAUCAACAGCAACACCAUCUUCAACUAGUACAAAAACUGAGACAACAACACCAACAUCAGGGACAUCUUCAUCCACGUCCACUACUAUUAAAACUGUAACAUCAACAGCAACACCAUCUUCAACUAGUAGAACAACUGAGACAACAACACCAACAUCAGGCACAUCUUCAUCCACGUCCACUACUACUACUACAACAACUGUUACAUCAACACCUACAUCAACAGCAACACCAUCUACUAGUACAACAAAUGAGGCAACAACACCAACAUCAGGGACAUCUUCAACCACGUCCACUACUACUACAACAACUGAAACAUCAACACCUACAUCAACAGCAACACCAUCUACAACUAGUACAACAACUGAGACAACAACACCAACAUCAUUGACAUCUUCAACCACAACCACUACUACUACAACUGUAACAUCAACACCUACAUCAACAGCAACACCAUCUACAACACGUACAACAACUGAGACAACAACACCAACAUCUGUGACAUCUUCAACCACGUCCACUACUACUACAACAACUGAAUCAUCAACACCUACAUCAACAGCAACACCAUCUACAACUAGUACAACAACUGAGACAACACCAACAUCAGGGACAUCUUCAACAACAUCCACUAUUACUACAACAACUGUAACAUCAACACCUACAUCAACAGCAACACCAUCUACAGCAAGUACAACAACUGAGACAACAACACCAACAUCAGGGACAUCUUCAACCACAUCCACUACUACUACAACAACUGAAACAUCAACGCUUUCAUCAACAGCAACACCAUCUACAACAAGUACAACAACUGAGACAACAACACCAACAUCAGGGACAUCUUCAACCACGUCCACUACUACUACAACAACUGCAACAUCAACAUAUACUUCAACAGCAACACCAUCUUCAACUAGUACAACAACUGAGACAACAACACCAACAUCAGGGACAUAUUCAACCACGUCCACUACAACUACAACAACAACUGUAACAUCACCAUCAACACUUACAUCAACAGCAACACCAUCUACAACUAGUACAACAACUGAGACAACAACACCAACAUCAGGGACAUCUUCAACCACGUCCACUACUACUACAACAACUGUAACAUCAACAUCUACAUCAACAGCAACACCAUCUUCAACUAGUAGAACAACUGAGACAACAACACCAACAUCAGGCACAUCUUCAUCCACGUCCACUACUACUAUAACUGUAACAUCAACACCUACAUCAACAUCAACAGCAACACGAUAUACAACUAGUAGAACAACUGAGACAACAACACCAACAUCAGGGACAUCUUCAUCCACGUCCACUACUACUACAAAUGUAACAUCAACACCUACAUCAACAGCAACACCAUCUACAACAAUUACAACAACUGAGACAAAAGCACCAACAUCAGGGACAUCUUCAUCCACGUCCACUACUACUACAACUGUAACAUCAACACCUACAUCAACAGCAACACCAUCUACAACUAGUACAACAACUGAGACAACAACACCAACAUCAGGGACAUCUUCAACCACAUCCACUACUACUACAAUAACUGUAACAUCAACACCUACAUCAACAGCAACACCAUCUACAACACGUACAACAAUUGAGACAACAACACCAACAUCAGGCACAUCUUCAACCACGUCCACUACUACUGCAACUGUAACAUCAACACCUACAUCAACAGCAACACCAUCUACAACUAGUACAACAACUGAGACAACAACACUAACAUCAGGCACAUUUUCAUCCACAUCCACUACUACUACAAAUGUAACAUCAACACCUACAUCAACAGCAACACCAUCUACAAUUAGUACAACAACUGAGACUAUAACACCAACAUCAGGGACAUCUUCAACCACAUCCACUACUAAUACUACAACAACUGUAACAUCAACACCUACAUUAACAGCAACACCAUCUACAACUAGUAGAAUAACUGAGACAACAACACCAACAUCAGGCACAUCUUUAUCCACGUCCACUACUACUACAACUGUAACAUCAACACCUACAUCAACAGCAACACCAUCUACAACUAGUACAACAACUGAGACAACAACACUAACAUCAGGCACAUCUUCAUCCACGUCCACUGCUACUACAAAUGUAACAUCAAUUCCUACAUCAACAGCAACACCAUCUACAGUUAGUACAACAACUGAGACAACAACACCAACAUCAGGGACAUCUUCAACCAGGUCCACUACUACUUCAACAACUGUAACAUCAACACCUACAUCAACAGCAACACCAUCUACAACUAGUACAACAACUGAGACAACAACACCAACAUCAGGCACAACUUCAUCCACGUCCACUACUACUACAACUGUAACAUCAGCACCUACAUCAACAGCAACACCAUUUACAAUUAGUACAACAACUGAGACAACAACACCCACAUCAACAGGGACACCUAUGACCACGUCCACUACUGCUAUGACAAGUACUGUAACUUUGACUUUUUCAACAACUAUUACUUCUUUAACUUCUGUGUACACAGAAUCACCAUAUACUCAGAUGAUCUGCAUCCCACCUACACCAAGAAGCAUAUGUUCCCAGAAGUGUGACCUAAAGGAUCCAUUCAUACCUAAAUGUGCCAAUGGACUGAAAGCUGAGGUGUAUUAUGACAAUGGCUACUGCAAGUAUGAAUGUCCAUGUAAAUGCACUGGCUGGGGUGACUCUCAUUACCAAACGUUCGUUGGAGCAUAUUAUGAUUUACAAGGAAACUGCACCUAUGUGUUGGUCCAAGAAAUCAUCCCAAAAUACAAUUUCAGUGUCCAUGCUAAAAACUAUUAUUGUAACUUAUCAAAACAUCUUGCUUGCCCUGAGUAUGUGAUUGUGAAUUACAAAUCCUACAAAAUCAAGCUGACAAGUAACACUGAAGUUAUCCAAGUCUAUGUUAAUGAUGUUGUGAAGAAACCCACAUACAUAAAUGAAGCCUUCACUAUCACUACUUCUGGCAUAGGAGUACUUGUGUACAUCUCUGAGAUUAAAGCUCAGAUUUUAGUCUCUUUUCACAACUUUUAUAUCAAACUCCCUUUCUCCUACUUCCAUGAUAAUACAGAGGGACAGUGUGGGGUUUGUAACAAUUACACCAAAGAUGACUGUAGACUUCCCAAUGGUACAAUCGACACAUCAUGUGAGAACAUGGCAGGGUUGUGGAUGGUACCCCCAGGAUGCAAUGCCACACAUCAUUAUACAAAUGAUACGUGUAAACUGCAAAAUAACACUGCCUGUGAGGUCAUCAAGAGCAAUUUGUUUAAGGAAUGCCAUGACUUUGUUCCUUAUGAAAAUUAUUACAAGGCAUGCAAGUUUGAUGUGUGCCACAUGGGAAAUUAUUCCACUUGUGCCAGUCUGGAGGCAUAUGCCCAGCUAUGUCGGCAGUAUUCUGUCUGUGUGGACUGGAGAAACUCAGCUGAACUCAAAGGGCUAUGUGCAUACAAUUGCACCAAAGGCAAAGUAUACAAGGCAUGUGGUCCUACAAUGGUAAAAACCUGCAGUACAAGUUCCAAUGAUCUGGUUUUGGGGAAAGAAUGUCAAGGAGAAGAUUGUAAUCAAAGGUUAAUGGAAGGUUGUUACUGUCCUGAUAACACAUAUCUGGUUAAUCUAACGUCAGAUAAAUGUACAGCUUACUGCGAUUGCACUGGCCUUGAUGGAUCGCCUAAACAGCCCGGGGAUACAUGGACCGAUAACUGUGCUGCAUACAAUUGCACUGAUAUGGGCAUGCGUGUGAAAGUGCCUUUCAAGUGUCCACCUCAAAAUGUCUGUGGUGUCGGAUACAAAAACACAACAGAAAACUGCUGCCCAACCUGUGCAUGUGAUUUCGAGCAGUGUCUUAAGAAAAGAUGUGAUGUGGGAUAUGAGUUUGCGGAUCAUACACCUACGAACAGUUGUUGUCCACCCUGUGUGCCCAAAGAUGUCUGUGUGUACAAUAACACUGAGUACAUGCCUGGCGUUACAAUCCCCUCAGACCCUUGUGUGGAAUGUAACUGUACAAUGAAAAUAGACCCGCUGACUAAACUACAUGUUAUGACUUGUGUCAAUAAAGUCUGCAAAAGUUGCUCUGAGGGUUUUGAAAAUGUGAAACAAGAAGGAGAGUGCUGUGGAACAUGUAAGCAGAUAAGCUGUAUUUAUCAAAUGCCAGACAACACCAGCCAUAUUCUCAAGGUUGGAGAAAUGAAAAAUUACAAAUGUCAAAUCAUUUCCUGCCGCAAAUUUAAUGGCUUAAUUGUUACAGAGAGCACCAAAAUGAACUGCCCUGUCUCAGCUUCCACUGAUUGUAAGCCUGGGUAUGAAUAUGUUAAACAAGAAGGAGACUGCUGUGGAACAUGUAUACCCAUACAUUGUGUUUAUAAAGCACCAGAUGACACCAGCCUUGUUCUCAAGGUUGGAGAUGAGUACAAGAACAAAUGUGAGAGAGCUACCUGCCAUAAAAUUAAUGGCUCAGUUGAAUUAUUUGUGACCAAAAAAAACUGCCCUUACUUUAAUCAAGAUGACUGUAAGCCUGGUUCUGAAUAUGUGAAACAAGAAGGAGACUGCUGUGGAACAUGUAAGCCAAGAAUAUGUGUUUAUUAUGCGAAAGACAACACCAGCCAUGUUCUCAAGAAUGGAGAAGAGUACAUCGAAAAUUGUACAAGUGUUACCUGCCAUGAAAUUAAUGGCUCAUUUGUGAUAUUUGAGACUGAAAAAGUAUGCCCCUACUUUAAUCAAGAUGACUGUAAGCCUGAAACAGUGCGAUAUGACACAAAUCAAUGUUGCAAGAUCUGUGAGCCAAAGAACUGCGUUCGAGUGAAGAACACCACCAAUGUGCAUGCAAAUAACUGUAAAUCCAUUGAGGCUGUUGAAGUGCCAUUCUGCAGUGGCCACUGUGACACCCAAUCAAUGUAUUCUGUGCAAAUGAAUGCCAUGAUGCACAGCUGUUCUUGCUGCCGGGAGGAGAAAACCAGCCGUAAAAAUGUGAAGCUGAAGUGUCCCGAUGACAGUGAGAUCCUUUAUCACUACGACUAUGUUGAAAGCUGCAGAUGCACUCCUACAGAGUGUGAAAACCAGAAGACUUAAGGAUGAAUGAUCAUGUUUCUUAACUUGAUUAUUGCAGAUUUGAGCAUGACUGAAUCUGUCACGCUGAGUAAGACAACAGUGAUUUAAAAAAUAUUUAACAAAAAAUUACAAAACUGAUGAUUUAAACUGUGUGAGACUUUUAAAUGGCAACCAUUAUUAUGGCCAUUACAUUUUAUUCACUUUCUUUUAAUUUAGGUGUACGGUUUACUCUAAUUAUAAUCUUUUUCUUACGUAAAAAUAAAAGAAAAAAUAUGGAGACCGGGGUCAUUUUGAGAUUUAAUUUCUUCUUUCUUUCUUUAUGCUCUUUGGUAAUGCUAAAUAAAUGGUACAUAUUUUCUUGUAAUGAAAUUGAUUAUGAUUACAAUAAAGCAUAAUAAACCGCAUCAGUUACAGUUCACUGUAUAUAUUUUUUUUAAUUAUCAGUCUGCAUGCACUAAAAUAAAUCUGGAA